AUGACAUAUCAGUGCCCAGAUGGAUAUUUUUUGUCGAUGUUCAGCUCGGCGCAUGAUGGAAGUGAGCGAUUUUAUAAAUUUGGUUGCACAAAAUUUUCCGACGUUCAUCUAGCUAUCGAUGAAAAUUGUAAUGUUUCUGAAUCUACUUCACCCGAAAAUGGUGAUCUAUAUCUUAGUUGCGGCAGUGAUCAAUACACAGCUGGUAUCGAAAUCAUUGAUAGUUCAAAAGAAAAUUCAGGAUUAUGGCAAUUACUUUGUUGUUAUAGUGAUUUAAUAAAUAUUCGAAAAUCUGAUUGUAUCGAUACAAAAUUUCUCAAUGAUUUAAGGCGAGCGUCGAGCUUUUCGUCUGGUACGCAGAUUAUUCGAAGAUGGCAGGCGAUGUUAGAAAAUGGAGAUCUACGAUGGUGGCUUCAAGUAUGCCCAGUCGAUAUAGAAAGAAGUAAAGCCUAUCAAGAAUCGUCUAAUGAAAUUCGUGCUCGUCGACAGAUUCCUUCAGAAUGGUCAAGAGGAAGAUUCCCUACAAUGGAAUUGUACCCUUUGUUCAUGAAACAAAAAUAUAUCGAUAAACACAGACAACUACGAUUGUUCGACAGUAAUAAGCGAAUGCAUAUAUUUUCUGAUACUAAAAAUAGCACUAGUAAAAAAUCAACGAAAAAUAAUGGUACAUCUACUGACAUUUCUACUGUCCCAUCGAAUCAUGGACAACCAAAAUUCACUAAAAUUUCGACUAUAACUGCAAAAGUUAAGAAAGAAGAUGGAGCGAUCGAUUAUUACGACGCCUAUGAUGAAAAUUUCGAUAGAAAAAAAUAUGAAGGCCGUGGUGGAAUCCUAAGUGGUGUUUCUGAUCUUUUACAGAAUCUUCAAGAUGGUUUGUCUAUAGCUCAAGCAGCAUUUCCAAAAAAAACAAAUUUAAAAUUAUCGUAUCCAACAAGUACUGAGCCAGCUUUUUUGCUUAGUCAUGACGAAGACAGCUUAAGCAUCAGAAUUAACCACGAGGCUGAUAAAAAUAUCAAUUCAGUCGUCAAUAUGCGAAGGCUUGGACCUUAUCCUGAAAAACCAGAAAAGCCGCAACAAGAGAAGCAGAAUUCAUUAGCUCCAUUAAAAAUUGAUGCUGGAAGUAUACAACAAAUGUUACAGUUUCUCGGGCUUUGUAAUGGUCAUACGUCGUAA